CGGCAGCUCCCGCCGCCCGCAGACAGGAUGGAACGAGGCGCCCCGGGGCGCCGAGAGGAGGGCUCGCCCGCCACCUCAGCGGGCGCGAUGGCUGCAGGCGGUGCGCUGUGCGGCUCCGCUGGGUUCUGGGACUGGAACCAGACAUGGUACACAAACACCCCAAGAUUUACCUGGUGCUUUGAGAGUACAGUCAUUGCUUGGAUCCCUUGUGCCUAUCUUUGGAUCUGUUUUCCUUUCUACUACUUGUAUCUUCGGCACAAAACCAAAGGCUACAUCAGGAUGUCCCACAUCUUCAAAGCCAAAAUGGUCCUUGGAUUCAUCCUGGUAAUACUGUGUUUUACUAAUGUCUUCUUCAUCCUGUGGGAGAUAAGCCAAGGAAUUCGACGGGCUCCAGCAUUCCUCAUUAGCCCUGCUGUGGUGGGAAUCACAAUGAUCCUUGCCAUGUUCCUUACCCAAGUAGAAAGAAUGGUUGGCAUCCAGUCUUCAGGCAUCCUGUUGAUUUACUGGCUGCUCUCAUUCAUGGCUACAGUUGUGAUGUUUAGUUCCAAAGUCCAACAUACCCUGGAAAGAGGCUUUCUGGAGGACCGUUUCCACCACAUUACAACUUACCUUUAUGCUAUCCUGGUGCUAGGAGAACUUGUGUUAUUCUGCUUAGUUGAUCACCCUCCCUUCUUCUCUAAAGCUGUCAACAAUCCUAAUCAGUGUCCAGAAGCCAGCAGCUCUUUUCUUUCCAAAAUCACAUACUGGUGGUUCUCUGGGCUCCUCUGGAAAGGCUGUCAGCAGUCCUUGGGGGUGGAUGACUUGUGGCCAGUGAGGAAAGAGGAAUCCUCUGAAGAAAUUGUUUCCUGGGCUGAGAGAGAGUGGAAGAAGUGUCGUAACAGAACCCAGCAAAAAAUUGAGUCUGCUACGUUUAAAAAGGGUCAGAAGAGUGAAACUGGCAUAGCAAAAGCUGAAGAGAUGGAAGUUCUACUGCAGUCAGAGCAAAGUCAGAGCUGGCCCUUACUGAAAGUGUUUUGGAGCAUGUUUGGAACCUAUUUCCUUCUCGGCACUGCCUGCUUAGUUAUUUGUGAUGUCUUCUUGUUCUCCAUCCCAAAGUUACUGAGCCUUUUCCUGGAGUUCAUUGAAGAUCAAGAAGCACCUACCUGGCAUGGCUACUUCUAUGCAUUCAGCAUGUUCCUUUUGGCUUGUCUCCAGACUCUGUUCGAACAACGAUACAUGUACAUGUGCCUUGUUCUGGGGUUGAGACUGAGAACUGCAGUAACAGGGCUUGUGUACAGGAAGAUCCUAGUUAUGUCAAAUGCAUCAAGGAAAGCAGCAACAGUAGGUGAAAUAGUUAAUCUGGUGUCUGUUGAUGUCCAAAAGCUAAUGGAUCUGAUUAUCUAUUUUAAUGGGACUUGGCUUGCUCCUAUUCGGAUCAUCAUCUGCUUUGUCUUCUUAUGGCAGCUUCUUGGGCCAUCUGCCUUGACUUCAAUUGUGGUAUUCCUUUUUCUUUUGCCUCUGAAUUUUGUGAUCACAAAGAAGAGGAGUCAGUUUCAGGAGACCCAGAUGAAACAUAAAGAUGAGCGAGCCAAACUCACUAGUGCCUUUCUCAGUGACAUUAAAGUAAUCAAACUGUAUGGCUGGGAGAAAACCUUCAUGGAGAAAGUGCUUGGUAUCCGGAAGCAAGAACUUCAGGCCCUAAAAAGUUCUCAGAUUCUUUUCUCAGCAUCUCUAGCUUCUUUCCAUUCAUCAACUUUCCUGAUUGCAUUUGUCAUGUUUGCUGUGUACACCCUGGUCGAUAACACACAUGUCCUGGAUGCUCAGAAGGCCUUUGUGUCUAUAACAUUGAUCAACAUCCUCAACACUGCGCACUCCUUCCUGCCAUUCUCCAUAAAUGCUGCUGUUCAGGCCAAAGUUUCUUUAAACCGCUUAGCAGCUUUUCUAAAUCUGGAAGAACUGAGUCCUGAAAGCUCAAGCAGAAAUACUUCUGACUGUGCACAGGCAAGUGUCACCAUAAGAAAUGGGACUUUUUGCUGGAGCAAAGACGUUUCUCCUUGUCUCAGAAGGAUAGAUCUUACCAUGCCCCAAGGCUCCUUGCUUGCUGUGGUUGGCCAGGUGGGUUCAGGAAAGUCCUCUUUACUGUCAGCCUUACUUGGUGAGCUGGAGAAGGUGGACGGCUGCGUGAGUGUGAAGGACACUGUAGCUUAUGUCCCCCAGCAAGCAUGGAUACAAAAUGCUUCAGUGGAAGACAAUAUUCUCUUUGGGAAAGAGAUGGAUGAAACAUGGUUCAAUACAGUGAUAGAUGCUUGUGCACUGCAACCCGAUUUGGAGAGCUUCCCUGCAGGGUGGAAGAGUGAAAUAGGAGAGAAGGGAAUAAAUAUAUCUGGAGGGCAGAAGCAAAGAGUGAAUCUUGCUCGUGCUGUGUACCAGAAGGCUUCAAUUUACCUGCUCGAUGAUCCCCUCUCAGCUGUUGAUGCCCAUGUUGGACAGCAUAUUUUUAAACAUGUUCUUGGACCCAAUGGCUUACUGAAAGACAAGACUCGUGUGCUGGUGACUCACACCAUUAACAUUUUGCCUCAAGUGGAUAACAUUGUUUUCCUGGUGGAUGGAACAAUCUCAGAAAUUGGUUCCUACCAAGAACUCCUACAGAGAAAUGGGGCCUUUGCAGAAUUCCUUCAUUCACACGUUACAGCAGAAGAGAAGGCAGACACUGGUUUUCCAGGUAUAGCAGACACCAAAGGCACCAUCACCUCUAGAAAUGGUUCUUCGCAGGAGAAGCUCUUUAGUGACAAUUCAGUCAAAUCUUCUGCUAUGGGAAGAGAAACCGCUCCUGGAAGUCAAGACUCUACCACUGCUGCAGCCACCAAAGGAAGAUUAACCAAGGAUGAAAAAACUCAGCAUGGCAGGGUUCAUACUUCGAUUUAUGCAGCCUACCUGAAGGCGACAGGCUUACCAUUGUGUGUGUACAUCAUGCUGUUGUUCACGUGUCAGCAAGUGGUGUCAUUUUUUCGUGGUUACUGGCUCAGCAUGUGGACAGAUGACCCUAUUCACAACGGGACACAACAGCACAUAGAGCUGAGAGUUGGAGUCUUCGGUGCACUAGGAGUCGUUCAAGCCCUUGGCAGAUUUGCCUCCACAGCAGCAGUCCUUCUAGGUGGCGUGUUAGCAUCGCAGAAGCUGUUUCUGCAGUUGCUGAGGAACGUUGCUAGAUCUCCAAUGGUCUUCUUUGAACAAACACCCAUUGGAAACUUGCUGAACCGCUUCUCCAGAGAAAUGGAUGCUAUCGAUUCUGUCAUUCCUGACAAGCUGAAGUCCUUGCUGGGAUUCUUGUUCAACUUGCUGGAGAUCUACCUUGUGAUUAUAGUGGCUACACCGUGGGCAGCCAUGGCCAUAGUGCCCUUGACUCUUCUUUAUGCUGCUUUCCAGCACUUCUACGUUGUCACCUCCUGCCAGCUGAGACGCAUAGAGGCAGCCAGCAGGUCACCAAUCUACUCCCACAUUUCAGAAACCUUCCAAGGGAGCAAUGUGAUCCGUGCUUACAAGGACCAGGAGAGGUUUAUUUUGAAGAGCAAUUUCCUAGUGGAUGAGAAUCAGCGAAUAUGCUUCCCUGGAGCAGUUGCUGACAGGUGGCUUGCUACAAACCUGGAGCUUCUAGGCAAUGGCAUCGUGUUGUUUGCAGCACUAUUUGCAGCAAUGGGCAGGACAUAUCUUAGCCCAGGAACUGCUGGCUUCUCCAUUUCCUAUGCUCUUCAGAUAACUGGUGUUCUGAACUGGAUGGUGCGCUCCUGGACAGAAAUAGAGAACAACAUUGUUUCUGUGGAGAGAGUGAGAGAAUACUUGAGGACUCCUAAGGAGGCACCCUGGACUCUGAAUGACAAACUUCAAGGUCAGGUUUGGCUCACUGAAGGAAAAAUUGAAUUUAGAAACUACAGUUUGCGAUACAGGCCAAAUUUGGAGUUGGCACUGAAGCAUGUCAAUCUAAUCAUCAAAGGGCAAGAAAAGAUAGGCAUAACUGGAAGAACAGGAGCUGGGAAAUCUACUCUUGCUGUGGGAUUGCUGCGAUUAGUGGAAGCUGCGGAAGGAGUGAUCCUAAUUGAUGGACUAGAUAUUGCUCAACUAGGUCUCCAUGACCUUAGAUCCAAGAUAACUGUCAUUCCCCAGGAUCCAGUCUUGUUUUCUGGCUCCCUAAGAAUGAAUCUUGACCCAUUAAACCAGUACACUGAUGCAGACAUCUGGACAGCUUUGGAACUGACUCAGCUCAAGAACUUUGUUGCAGAUUUGCCAGAUCAGUUGGAACAUAAGUGCACUGACCAAGGGGAAAACCUAAGCACUGGCCAGAAACAGCUGGUUUGUCUGGCCAGAGCACUUCUUCGGAAAGCCAAAAUCCUCAUUCUGGAUGAGGCCACAGCAGCAGUAGAUUUAGAAACUGAUCUUCAGAUUCAGUCCACCCUGAGGACUCAGUUCAAAGACAGCACAGUGUUAACAAUAGCUCACCGGAUAAACACCAUCACGGACUGCGACAGGAUUUUAGUCUUGGAAAAUGGUCGGAUAGCUGAAUUUGAUACUCUGGAACACUUAAUAGCUCAGAGGGGACUGUUCUACAAACUGAUGGAAGAAUCAGGCUUUGCAUGACUCACUCAUGGAGUAUGCCACAAUGCCACCCAUAUCAGGAAUAAUUCAUCUCGUAAUCGAGUUGUUAUCUUGGUUUCACUCUAAAAUGCAUUGCACAACCAAAUCUUGGUUGAGCUACAACUGCAGUAAGCAGAUGAAAAGGGAUGACUUGGGAUGGAGGUUAUUUCCAUAGGAAACUUAGCAAUUCCAUUUUCAUUGUUUCCAGAUACCAAAACUUUACUCCUCUGUUGCAAGUGAGCCAAUAUGAACUUAUAAUACCUUGUUGCUUUUAUGGUAUAAAAGCAAACAAGACAAAAGACUACAGCAUGUCCAGUUACAGUAUAAAUGAAGUCCGACUAUGCUGCCAUACUUAAAAGAUUGCACAGAUUCUUUUUGAAAGCCAACAAGGUUUUACAGACAGCAAGCAAGAAUUUAACUGAUAGCAGGGAAACUUAACUGUUUACAGCUUGUCCUGAGUUUCAGGCAGAACAAAUUUAGUCUUUUGACAAUGUUCUAAUGACUGCACAUCUGAAUGCCGUUCUUACAGAUGUGGACUCCAAGGCAGCAGCUAGA